AUGUUCCUGAUGGAUUGGAGGGAUUCCCACAUGGGGAACGAGCCGUACCUCCGAUCGGGGAAUUCGAAAUUCCCGAAGUUUCUCUAUGCGAUGCCGUUUGGGACUGAUUUGGUGUUUUUGGAAGAGAGGUCCCUGAUUAGCCGGCCCACGCUGCCGUACAAGGAGUAA